AAAAAUUUAUAAAAUUUAUAAAAACAUGUUCUAAAUAUCUGAUCCUGCAGAGGAAUCAGCAUGUUAAGAACUUACAUUGCUGCAUAACUUGAUGUGACCACACAAAUGAUAAAGGGCUGUCCGAGUGGGAAGAACAACUCAGGAAAGGAUUUCCCUUGCUUUGUUUACCUUGGAGAAGAGGAAAACCCAGGAAGGCUGACAGCCUGAGAAGUACUAAAACCGAUACUUGAUCUAUUUUUGCGACUGUUUUUCUGCCCAGCUGGAUCUUGGUCACUCUCUUCUGCCCUUUUACGUCUGAGACCAUUUUUCUUAUGUGGAACUGAGACCUGGGAAUGCGUUAUUAUGGCAGCAGUUGUGCAGCAGAAUGAGCUCGUGUUUGAAUUUGCCAGCAACGUCAUGGAGGAUGAGCAGCAGCUUGGUGAUCCAUCUAUUUUCCCUGCUGUCAUUGUGGAACAUGUUCCCAGCGCAGACCUCCUGCACAAUUAUUCCGGCUUAACCUGUGUGGAUGAACCCAGUGACAUGAUCACCGAGAGCUCUCUCGAUGUCGCAGAGGAGCAAAUCAUAGAAGAUGACGAUAUCACCCUUACAGUUGAAGCAUCUUGUCAUAAUGGAGAUGAAACAAUGGAAACAAUCGAGGCUGCCGAAGCGCUUCUCAAUAUGGACUCCCCUGGUCCUAUGCUGGAUGAGAAAAGAAUAACAACCAUGUUUGGUGCAACUGAAGAUGAAGAUAUCGUGCCUCCUAUUACCCAUGUAUCGGUCACACUGGACGGGAUCCCCGAGGUGGUGGAAGUUCACCAGACCCCCGAUCCCUACGCCGAGUCACCGGAGACUCCGGAAUAUGAGCAGCCAAAGAAGAAGAAAGGGAAGAAACCAAAGCCUCCUCGUCCCGAGUCCCCUACUACAACACCUAACAUAUCUGUGAAAAGGAAAAACAAAGAUGGAAAGGGAAAUACAAUUUAUCUCUGGGAGUUUUUGCUAGCACUGCUUCAGGACAAAGCUACGUGUCCUAAAUAUAUCAAAUGGACUCAAAGAGAGAAGGGCAUUUUCAAACUGGUAGAUUCCAAGGCUGUGUCCAGGUUGUGGGGAAAACAUAAAAACAAACCUGACAUGAAUUAYGAAACAAUGGGUAGAGCUCUCAGAUACUAUUACCAAAGAGGAAUACUGGCUAAAGUAGAAGGUCAGCGCCUUGUGUAUCAAUUUAAAGAAAUGCCAAAAGAUCUCGUCUAUAUAGAUGAUGAGGAUGCAAGUCCUAGCACUGAAUCGUCGGAUUCGACUUUGCUCUCAACUCCCGCGGCCAACAGAAACCAGUCGAGCAGAUCGAGGGCGUCUGCAAACGUGGGAACCAAGGCGGGAGCCACCCCCGUUUCGAAGGCCGGCAGCGCCAAGGCUGCCAGGCCCAAGGAGCCCGCGGAGGCGGCGCGGGCGCAGGCGCCCGGCGUGGCGCCCGACGGCGCCAGGACAGUGCAGCCGCCGCAGGCCGUGUUCCCCACGCAGCUCUUUCGGACAGUUCACGUCAUGCAGCCCUUGCAGGCCCUCACGGAGGGACACGCAGCUGUGACCAGGAGCGUUCCCGAGGAGACGUUAAACCCCUCGGUGCAGAACAUGAGGACCCUGCAGCCUCCGACGCAGGUGCCGGUGGUGGUUUCAGCCGGGAACCCRCAGCUGCACACGGUGACACUCCAGACGGUGCCCCUGACCACGGUGAUCGCCAGCACGGAGCCGGCCGCCCCGGCGGCCCCCGCCAAGUUCAUCCUGCAGGCCAUCCCCACGUCGCAGCCCAUGGCGGUGCUCAAGGAGAACGUGCUGCUGCCGCCGCGGCCGCCGUCGCCGCCGGCGCCCCUCGUGCUGAGCCCGGCGCAGGUGCAGCACGUGCUGGGCAGCGGCGUGCAGACAGUUUGCAACGGGGCGGCCGAGGCGGCCGCGGCGCCGUCCUACGGUGCCGCCGCCCCCGUGGUGACGUUCUCGCCCGGCGGCUCCCAGGGGACGGCUCCGCCGCCCGGCGCCGUCAUCACCUCCGUCAUCAAGGAGGCCAAGCUGGGAGCCGUGAAGCAGGAGGAGCAGGAGGAGCAGGAGGAGGAGGGCGGCGGGGCCGAGCAGCAGCCCUUCGUCGUGGUCAUGUCUGCUCCAAAUGGUUUCCCGCCCAGCGUGCAAGUGAAGCAGGAGAGCGAGCCCUCGGAACCCAGUCCCUAUAAAUAAAUCCAAAAGGAAAAAGACCCUGUGGAUGAUGGUUUUCGUAAAUGUGACGGGACCUUCUCAGUUGUGUACAUACGAUUUGAUUCCAAAGUUACGAAGCUACUUAAUUUCUGCAGUUAAUUGGUAGGAUUCAUGCUUUAGAACGGGUUUUGAUUUUCUGUUAAUUGCUAAAUGUUAUCAUAUAAAUAAAAAUACAUAUUACUCAUGUUUCAAAAUACAGGCAUGAAGGAACGUGCUUUUUUUAGGCUAUGAAGAUUUUCUCUUGAGKUUUUUUGGCCAAAGUUCCAAAUUUCUUACAUAUUUGUAUGUUUUCAGUCUGUUGCUAAUUUACAUUACAAUAACAUUAUUGUAACCUCUCUGUUUAACCCACACAUGUAUCACUUACCUUUUGAAG